AUGACUUCAAUUAUAGAGCCUACUACACCGCCAAAUCUUUCUCUUGCAAACAACGUGAAUGCCAAUACUAACAUCACAAAUUAUGUCCAUUUACACCAACAAAAUCAGCUCCAACAACAACAGCAACCUAAAACUCCCGCAACGUCUACUUCUACAACUACUUCAACUAACUCAUCAUCUUCAACUGCAAAUACUUCAUACUUGCACAAUCGAAGUUUAUCGUCAAAAAGCUCAUUUACAAAAUUUAAUACUCAGAAUAUCGGCAAGUCGGUGUUGUGGGACUCCUCAAACAGAUUAAAUCACAACCUAAACUUGCCAAACUUCUCCAUCGAUAACGAAGUCUUAUCAACCCCUUUGGUUAUACCUCAUUCCGCCCAGGUUUCAUCAUCAACAACCACAUCAUCUUCUCAAGUCUCCUCCUUUCAAAAAUUAUCUUUGGACACUACCACCACUUUUCAUGAUUAUGCAAAUAAUAAUAAUAAUAAUAACCAGAGUAAUAAUAAUACCUCUGUUGGCUACAACUAUGACAUUAGCAAUGACAAUAAGGAGAACUUUUUGGGCAAGCAGUAUAGUGAGCCAGAUGCAAUGGUCAAUGCAAGUGCCAUUAUUAAUAACGGUGGCAUUUUGAGUGAAGCAAACUCCAACUCUUCGGCAUCAACACCACCUUCAACUACUACAACGGCCACUACUACCACCACCACGGCCACCACUAAGUGUCCAAAGAUGGUGACGCCUGCUGCUGCUGCUGCUGCUACUACUGCUGCACCUCAAAAGAUAGAUAAGGACUAUUUGGUUUCAAUUGGCAAAGUUCCGUUAGCCCAGCUCAAGUCGGAGAUUUUAAAACUAGCCAAGGAUCAGUACGGUUGUCGUUUCUUGCAAAAGAAAAUCGAUGAGAAUCUAGUCAUCAACUACCAAACGAGGUUAGGAAACUUUGAAAUCAUUUUUGACCAAAUAUAUCCUUAUAUGUAUGAGCUAAUUAUCGAUCCCUUUGGAAAUUACUUGAUUCAAAAGAUGAUUGUUUAUUGUAAUCAAGCCAACUUGAAUUUGGUAUUGGAAAUUUUACAACAUAAUCUUUUCCAAAUAUCAAUUAAUCAACAUGGCACAAGAGCAUUACAAAAGAUUAUCGAUAGUUUGAGUAAUGCAUCACAAUUGAGCUUGUUGAUAAAGGGGUUGAAACCUCAUAUUAUUGACUCGAUCAAAGAUUUGAAUGGCAAUCAUGUUAUUCAAAAGAUUUUAAACAAGUACACUCCAACUGAUUGCCAGUUUAUUUAUGAUUCAAUUAUCGAUGAUUUGUAUACCGUUGCUUCUCAUAAGCACGGUUGUUGUGUUUUGCAAAAGUGUCUUAAUCAUGUGACCCCACUGCAGUUGGAACAGUUUUCACAAGCAAUCUUGCGAUUCGAUAAUUUCAAAAUGUUGAUUAAUGACCAAUUUGGAAAUUACGUUUUACAGUAUUUGAUAUCAAUCAACUCGUUAGAUGUGAAUUAUCAGAUGUUUUAUAACUUUACCAAAUAUGGCAUCACCAAUCUAUGCAAUUCCAAAUUUAGCUCGAACGUUGUUGAGAAAUUUUUGAAAAACUGUUUCAACAAUGAAUCGAUUAAUAUUGCAUUUGCAGAUUUGAAAUUGAAAUUGAUUCACAACGUUUUAAAUGACGACUUAAAUACGCUAAUUAACGACCCUUAUGGAAAUUAUGUUAUCCAAACAAUGAUUGACAUUUUGAUCAAUACUCAAAUUGGGUAUCAAAACGUGGAUAAAAUAUCCCUAUUACUUCCCAAUGCAAAUCAAAGUGAUUAUCAAAACCAACAACAUUUACAAGUGGCCAUUAUCAAAUACUGGUUUCAAAAUUGUAAAAUCGUAUCAUCUUUUGGAAAACGUAUUCAAUCCAAAAUCAACACUAUUUUGAAUAACAGUGUUUCUGGCUCAACAAAUACUUCCUUUAACAAAGGGAGCAAGAGACCUAGCCAAAUGAAUGCAAAUGGUGAAUUUACGGUGAAUGAUGGACAGUAUCCUAUCAAACAACAGCAACAACAGCAACAACAGCAACAACAGCAACAGCAGCAACAACAGCAACAACAGCAACAACAGCAACAACAGCAACAGCAGCAACAACAGCAACAACAGCAACAACAGCAACAGCAGCAACAGCAACAGCAACAGCAACAGCAGCUGGUACCACCACACGCACGUAUGCAAAAUCGAGCAUAUGCUCACCGACAGUCGCAAUAUCAAAACCUUGAAGCACAGCAACAAGAAGCACAACAACCAUUGCAACAGCAACCACCACCACCACCGCAACAACAACAACAACAACAACAACAACAACAACAACAACAACCAUUGCAACAGCAACCACCGCCACCACAAACACAGCAGCAGCAACAACAACAAGAUUCCUCUCGCUUACAAUCAAUGACAUAUCGUAACAAUUUUGCGCAAUAUGACUCUAGAAAUGAAAGUGGUCUUCAUUUGGACUACAGCUACAACUUACAGACUCGAACCCACUCAAUGCCAAGUAACCUUUGUUCAAAUAAUCCAAAGAUGAGGUUCAAUAGCGAUUAUAAUAGUACCGGUAAUAAUACCGAGUACAUCAAUUUCAACGCCCCCCACAUGAGCAUUAAUAACACGACUCAUAAAAAUUCAAUUUCCUCGAUGAAACCAAUUGGUACUAUGAACGGGUUUAGUACUAAUAAUCUUGUUCCACAAGCGCCAAAUUUUGCUUCUAAUGGUGAAAUUCCAUCUGUAUUUGGAAGCUUCCCUGUACACGAGAAUUAUAUAGCAAAACCAGCAUUUCCAUUCCCACCGCAUAUGAACUCGAACUAUACUGAUACACCCUAUGUACAGCAACCGCAACCGCAACAACAACAGCAACCGCAACAACAACAGCAACCACAACCACAACCACAACCACAUCACACACCUCCGGUUUUCAGUAACGGAAGUGGCGCACUUCCACAUCUGCAUCAUUCAUCUAUCUCCUCCGUCUCUCAAGGUCAUACACCACAACAAUUGCCCAUUGCUGAAUAUUCCGCAAUUGACUAUCAAAAAGGCAGUAGUAUUACACCCCAUUACAACAAUAUUUAUGCACCUGAAUGGUCAACCCAACACCAGCUCCAAUCAAAUUCGCAAUUCAAUCCUUCUGCUUUAAUGUCGGAUAAAGGUAUUGUGUAUCACUCACACAAUCCCUCGUGGUCUUCAACUGCUUCCUCCACACAAGGUAAUGCAGUAUUUGGUGUUCAGAAUUGGUAA